AUGGAUCCAUUGUCUAUCAUCGCAGGUGUCGCAGGCAUCGCCACGGCGGGUGUCUCGCUUGUGGAGGUGCUCUUUGACACCAUCGACUCCUACCAAAAUGCCCCAAAAGAUAUCGUCUCAAUAGCACGGGGAGUCCAAGACCUGUCGAUUAUUCUGGACCAGCUGAAACAAGUCCUCAUCGAUGGGCGAAACAUGCACACACGAUGGCUCCUCAAAUCAGUUGCUUCAGCCAUCAGGCAGAUCGAAUAUGUGCAUGCCGAAGUUUGGGAGCUCAUACCCCGGAGCGGCUCCGGGUUUGAGAGGGUAAAAUGGACAUUUCGAAAAGGAAAGAUCAGAGAUCUCUUGAACAAGAUCGAGACUCAGAAGAGCACUGUUCAGCUCGUCUGCACGACCCUUCUUCUGGCUAUUCAGCAGAAGAAAGUCACAAAACACAACAGACGACGCCCUGGGAAUGAUUCGGAGAAGUAUGCCAGGAGCAGGUUGAGAAGACAAGCGGAAAACCUCGUCAAGACUGCUCAUGAGUCGCUUCUCAAUCUGACUCAGAGCUCGCAUGAGGAGGAAAUCGAGGGGUCUUCCAACGACACAUCCCAAAGUCAGAGGCAGCAAGAGCCGCAGACACCACUCAUUGAUGGCUCUCCGACUACACCCACUAUUCGUGUAUCAGGCCCUGAACAAGACUUUCCAAAUGAUAAUGGGGAUCUUAUGCCCCAGAAAACCCCCGAUGAGACCGCUUUGUGGGUCUACGACAUGGUUUUCUUGCCGACAGCCGAAAGAAAGGCUCACGAAGGAGACACUGGACCCCGACCCGACGGCAGCAACGCCCUCAUUCUCCGCAACUCACAGGGCACUGAUAUUGUUCUGGCUUCAAAGAGGCCCAUGGCGGCAGAAGUUGUUGAUGAUCUUCUCUACGACUGGACUCACUUGAGUUGGCAUGACAUUAAGGAGACGUCCGAGACUGUGAGGGUGGAACACCCAGAGCAACCUAGGAGUCAAGACGGAAGAUGCACCGUCAUCGAGGAGCCUCCGAGGAGCAUAUUCGACGAGGCAUACGUGUGGAAUACGAGAGCGAAGGAUCCUCAGGCGGCUCAGCCAGGUCCGAGCACUGGUCUUAUAUCGACAGUCAACCAUCUGACUCUCAACGAGAAACCACAAGAAGGCGAUAUUCCGCUCAUGAUUCAGAGCGAGAACCGCCAAUUACCCCAAGUGGACACAGGACCAGAUCGUAUUCGGAUGCGGGUCCAGAACCGAGAAGGAAUCCACGUCAUGCAACUGUUGAGGAUGACCCAGAUGACUCCAUGGAUGACCUGGCGAGAAAACGUGCCAGAGCGAGGGCUGCACAUGAAGAAGCCAGACGCCGAGCAGACGCCGAGUUUGAGAAGCAUCGUCCGCACACACAACACACAUCACGAUCAAACACAAAUCGAAGUCAAGAUCGAGAGGCAGACGAUAGGCCAGGCCACAGAGAGGAUCAUUCAAGUAGAGCCAACCAGAGUCAAACGCCAAGUCGGAUACAGAGGGCUGCCGCUGCGAGUUUACUUGCUGGAGCGACUGAAGCGUUUCGUGUCUAUAAAGAGCCAGGCGGCUGGGACAGUUUAA